UGCAAGAGGGGCCUUCACAUGAAAAGCCUAGAAGCUAUGUAAAAAACUGGAGGCUAAGAUGCCUUUUAACAGAGCAGCUUCUGGCUUUGGUGCUAUCAUUAUAAUAAAUCGACUUUGCGAUGAAAGCUAAUUUCAGUAGCUUCCUCAACGUGGCUUAAGCAGUCAACGCAGCUCAAUCAAAGAGCUGAAACCUUGGUAGGAAACCUGGGCUCCGAUCAACCUCCGCUUUCUCUCGUUUUCUUUUCGAGUCAUAUUCCCGUUGCCUUUUGUCUGUCCCUCCCUCAUUCCCCACCGGCAACGGACCCCCACCCUCUGGUCCUUUCCCUUCUCUCACACUCACUGAAAAGCCACUUAUUAGGGAGUUAGGGUGAACGCUAUCUCGUGCAAUUCUCCUAGUCUUAUUCUUAUCGCCAAUUGCAUCUUCGUAGCAGAUAAUUCUCGAGCUCAGGCGCCAUUGGUCCACCAAUUGAUGCUUCUCUCUCAAUUAUCGGUUGAAUUUUUCUCAUGGACUCGAUCUGGAGCCACAAUGGCGUGCCGGAAGCUUUCCAUUUCUUCAUAGCUAUCUACUUUGCUGUAGGUUUUGUUGCCGCUAGGUUCUUCUUGGACACCUUCAUAUAUCGUAGGCUGGCUAUUUGGUUGUUGAGUACUGGAACUGCUCCAGUAAAGAUUAGUGAGGCUAAGCAGGCAAAGAUAGUAAAAUGCUCAGAGUCUAUGUGGAAGCUAACAUACUAUGCCACUGUUCAAGUAUGCGUUCUUAAAAUUACCUACAAUGAACCCUGGUUCAGAGACAUAAAAGAAUACUUUAGAGGCUGGCCAAAUCAAGAGAUUAAGGUUCCCUUGAAGCUUCUCUAUAUGUGCCAAUGUGGGUUCUAUGUCUACGGCAUUGCAGCCCUUCUUAUGUGGGAGACUCGAAGAAAGGAUUUCAGUAUAAUGAUGUCUCAUCACGUAAUCACUGUUAUCCUGAUUGGAUACUCCUACCUAUCAAGGUUCUUCCGGAUUGGCUCAAUUGUUCUUGCUUUGCAUGAUGCAAGUGAUGUGUUUAUGGAAGCUGCUAAAGUAUUCAAAUAUUCUGAGAAGGAGCUUGCAGCCAGCUUGUUCUUUGGAUUCUUUGCUAUAUCAUGGAUCAUACUACGGCUAAUAUUUUUUCCAUUUUGGGUUAUUAAAAGCUCAAGCUAUGAUAUCCGUGAAUUCUUGGCACUGUCAGAGCCUUACCCAGCAUUAUUGUACUAUGUUUUCAACACGAUGCUAUUGAUGUUACUUGUCUUCCACAUCUACUGGUGGAUUCUCAUAUGCUCAAUGAUCAUGAGACAGCUAAAAAAUAGAGGAAAAGUAGGAGAAGAUAUACGAUCAGAUUCAGAGGACGGAGACUAAAUGGAGGUGGAGACUUUUUAUCAAAUUGUUAUGAUGGUGGAGAUAGUUUUUAAAGAUAAUUCCAUCCUAUUUGAGGUGCAAAUAUGUAUUCAAUUAGUUUCUACAAGUGGAAAUUUGUGUGGUCCUGAUUUUUAUUAUUUACUCUUUUUUUAUAUCCUUUAUCUUUUCCAGAGAAACGAGUCAGACCACCAAGUGUUUUUUUUUUCUUGAUCACUUUGGUGUAUAUUAGGUUUUUUCUGUAUAAUUAUUUUAUAUGGAUAGCUUAUGUUUAAGAUGAUUCUUUCCAGAAAAAAAUGCAAUAGUUGCAUUCAAAUUUCCGCACCAGAAUUUCUUGUUCUUCUAGGGGUCGGUACAAUGUAUUUCAAUGAAAUACAGGAUGUAAUUAGAGCAGCUUGACAACAGUGGCUGCAAGAUAUUUGAUUGAUGCUCUCAUUGUGCAAGGCGAGAAAACUGAUGGCAAAAAGAAAAUUGGAGGCAAGGUUGAAA